AAAAGAAAUAAUGACGUGGCAGUAAGCAACUCUAUUUAAAAGAAGAAAACACUAACGUCACUCAACUUGCCGUCACACAUCCCUAGGAUCUUCCACAUCGUACGGCUCAGGACAUGACCUUCACAUUCAUUCCGUCACCGACACUACAAACUUAAAUUCCCCCGUUUUCCCACUAUCCCAUUAAUAAACACACUGAUAGUCACCCUUCUUUUACAGCUCCAGAAAUUCAUUGUAAAUAAAAAAAGGAUGACAAGGAAAAAAGAAAACAGAAAAAGACAAGCGAAAAGAUGGUGUAAUAAAAUGGCGAUGAAUUGGGUACUGAGGUAAAAAAAUUAAUCCCCAAGAAGAGAGAGAGAGAAGAGAGAGAGAGAGAAGAAAAGGUGUGCUUUGUGGGUAAUCAAUCGUACAUAUUAGUUCAAUGAGUUUGAGCAGAUAUUCUUGCAUCACACAUAUAUUUUCUCCAUUUUUCGUUUCAUUUCUUACUUCCCCCUUGUUAGGGUUUUGACUCUCCGGAACUUCAAAAUUUCUCCCCCAAUUCUCAUCUAGGGAAGGUUCUUCUUCUGCUACCCUCGUAUGAUUUUGCUUGCACAUUCUCCUUGUUCUGAAUAGCUACUGCUGAAUAUAUGCACAAAAACCGACCUUAGAUGUAAUUCCGGUCUUUCAGAAUAUCUGUCGCAUGUUCUAGAAUCUUCCAGUAUAAAAGUCAACAUUCAAACAAGUUGGUUGUUUUUCAUUCUCGAUCCUAGAUGGACGAUAGUGGGCAUCGAGAAAAUGGGAGGCAUAAACCACCGCAGGGUCAGCAACAGCCGUCGAUGAAACAGAUAAUGGGCUUCAUGGCAGAAAGAGACGCCGCAAUCCAAGAAAGAAACCUAGCCAUCUCCGAAAAGAAAACCGCCUUAGCGGAGAGGGAUAUGAUCCCACGUGGCGUAAAACACAUGCACCACCCUCAGCAACAUCAACAGCAGCAGCAGCAGCACAUACAUCAUCAUCAUCAUCAGUCCCACAUGACAGAAUCUCCCUAUAACAAUAAUAAUAAUAGUAGUAAUAAUAAUAAUAAUACGAGGGAUAAUAUGCAAAUGUCGGAUACAGUACCGAUAUCGCCAGUUGCACCGGAGCCCACAAAAACACGUCGAGCAAAACGUGCGAAGGAAGCAAAACCAGCUGCUACAGCAGCACCAAGAAAGGCAUCGAAGAAUUCGAAAAGGGUAAAACGGGAAGAAGACAACAACCUCAACGACCUUAACAACCUUAACAAGGCAGUGUUUGGAAAGUCCCACGAUAUGGAGCUUGGUGGGCCCAAGCUGGACUGGAAGGAUCAAGAUUUGGGGUUGAACCAGGUGGCGUUCGACGAGUCGACUAUGCCUGUGCCUGUUUGCUCUUGCACGGGGUUUUUGAGGCCGUGCUAUAAGUGGGGUAACGGAGGGUGGCAAUCUUCUUGCUGUACGACUAAUUUAUCAAUGUAUCCACUGCCAGCUGUACCGAAUAAACGGCACGCGAGAGUCGGUGGGAGGAAGAUGAGCGGUAGUGCGUUUAAUAAGCUGAUAAGCCGACUUGCUGCCGAGGGUCAUGAUUUGUCGAACCCUGUUGAUCUUAAGGACCAUUGGGCGAAGCACGGUACAAAUCGCUACAUCACUAUCAAAUAGAAAAAAGAAAAAAAAGAAUACAUCAUUUGAUGCUGUUUGGGUUACUUUGCUGAGGUAAUUAUUGGAAGUUGGUAUGAAUGUAUAAGCUUCAGUUUGGUAAUCAUGCAAAAAAAGUAUGAUGCGUUCUUCCAUUGACAUAUGUGUGACGUGGCACCAUUAGCAGUUUGAAUAAAGGAAUGAGUAAAUGCAAUUUGUGUAGGUAGAUGCCUGAAUUAUUGCAUCUUAUUUGCAUGUAAGUGGAGAUUAAUUAAAUUUUAUUUUAUUGUAUCGAUCUUAAAGCCUUGAAUUGGCAA